AUGAGAACAAAUGAAGGACUUGAUAUAUUAGCAAAGUUCAUUGGAUACCCUCUCCCGGUGUUAUUUUGGUCUUUUAAAAAGAAUUUAACAGAUGAUUAUAAAACGCUCUCUGGUGAAUUCCAGUCAUCUUCUGUGUCACUGAAUGUCUCAACAAUCCGUACAGUUUUAACAAAAGAGACUUUAAUUCCAGAGGAGUUUGGGUACUACUCAGCUACAGCCACCAAUCCCAGAAAACCUUCUCAAAUUUCCAUUGUCACUUACCAUGUAAUUUCAGAAAGAAGACCAGACCCUUCUUACAACAUAUCCAUAAAUUGUAUGGUUUCCCAUGGAACUGCAGUUGUAAAUUGGGUACCAGGUUUUGAUGGUGGAGCAGAACAGACAUUCUUUGUGUCCUACAGAACUAAUAAUGAGGAUGAGAAAAUAACAAUUGAGACCUAUAAACAACCGAAUGCUACAAUUACUGGCUUGAAUGAUGACACUCUCUACUACUUCAGGGUUAUUUCAAGCAAUUCAAAUGGUAAAACAUUGUCUGAAGAAGAGGAGUCUUGUAAAACACAAGUCUUUAUUAAAUCUACCAAAGAAUUAAACCUAGGAGGAAUAAUUGGUGGCACGUUAGGGGGAGUUGUAUUGAUAAUACUUAUCCUUUUGAUAUUUCUCAGCAGAAAAUACCCGAUUAGAUGUCUUGGUCGUGGAGCGGAUAUGAGCGCCCAGUAUGAAGAGCUUAAUCAGAAUAGACGGGAACAGGAAAGCAGUUAUGAUUCAAUUAGAACACCAAACAGUAAGGGCAAUUCUAACACAAUGACUAAAGACUCUACUGAUAAUUUUGAAAUCUAA